UCCCCCUCCCCACCCCCCUCUCCUCCUCCUCCCUCUCUCAGCUCCCCUCUCUCCCAGCACACGCUCGCACUCCUUCCCUCUGAUGCCGACUGGAUGCAGACCGGGGGAUCUCCAGCAGCUUCCUUAGUCGGUCUUCCCUCCCCUCCUCCUCCUCCUCCUCCUCCUCCUCUUCCUCCUUCAACAUUCGCCGCUUCUCCACCACUGCCUCCUCUCUUCUCCUGCUCCUCACUGCCAAGAUGUGGCGCUCGGUGGCUCUGCUGCUCUCUGGAUUCUCUGCUUUGAUUCACGUGUCGUUGCAGGGUCCUCACCAGAGGAGCCUGUUAAAGAACCUCCUGAAGGACUACAACCGGAUGGAGCGACCGGUGGGCAACGACUCCCAACCGCUCACCGUUGUCUUCACCGUCAGUAUGAUACAGAUCAUGGACGUGGAUGAGAAGAACCAGGUUCUCACCACUAACAUGUGGCUACGGAUGAGUUGGUUUGACCACUAUCUCCAGUGGAACCAGAGCGAACAUCCCGGGGUGAAGAACCUCCGCUUCACCACGGACCAGAUCUGGACCCCGGACAUCCUGCUCUACAACAGUGCAGAUGACGACUUUGACUCCACCUUUAAGGUCAAUGUUCUGGUGAACUCCAGCGGCUACGCCGAGUAUCUGCCUCCAGGAAUAUUCAUGAGCACUUGCAACGUGGACGUUCGCUGGUUCCCUUUCGACAUCCAGAAGUGCGAGCUGAAGUUUGGCUCUUGGACGUACGACGGCUGGUUGCUGGACCUCCAGAUGGAGGACGCUGACAUCUCGGGCUACAUGCCCAAUGGAGAGUGGGACCUGAUCGGAGUUCCUGGCAGCAGAAACGAGGCUUACUACGACUGUUGUAAGGAGCCUUACCAGGAUGUGAAGUUUAUUGUGACCAUACGGCGGCGGACGCUCUACUACGCCCUGAACCUGCUCAUUCCAUGUGUGUUACUGUCUUCGAUGACGCUGCUCAUCUUUGUGCUUCCGGCGGACUCUGGGGAGAAGAUCUCAUUGGGCAUCACGGUGCUGCUGUCCCUCACGGUGUUCAUGUUGCUGGUGGCAGAGAUCAUGCCAGCCACGUCUGACUCGGUGCCUCUCAUCGGUCAGUACUUUGCCAGUAUAAUGAUCAUCGUUGGGAUGUCCGUCAUUGCCACGGUGGUGGUACUGCAGUAUCAUCACCACGAUCCAAAUGGAGGAAACAUGCCAAAAUGGGUGCAGCUCGUCUUGCUGCAGUGGGUAGCGUGGUUCCUGCGUAUGAAGCGUCCGGGAGAGAGUGACGACCCAGAGCGGCCCCCGUGCGCCCCCCACUUGCGGCGAUGCUCCUCGGGCUCCCACAGCGGGAGCAUCCCGAAUCCGCCGGACCCCACCCUCCAUCCGCUGCACCCACAGAACCUGGCUCCGCUGCACGCGGUGCACCCUCACCUCCACGCCCAGUCGAGUGCCAACAACAACGGGAACCUGCUCUACAUGGGCUACCAGAGCAUGGAGGACCCUUCGAUACUCUCAGAGCCUCUGCAGAGGAACAACAUCUCCGUGGGGCCCGCGCGGGUACCAGGCAGCCCGCCUCCUCACCUCCCAUCCCAGUUCUGCAGUUCCCCACUGCCCCCCAUCCCCAACAUGGAUACUCUGGGCUGCCCCAGCACCGUCUCCAGCGGCGGGGGCUUCGGAGGUGGAGCCGGAGGGCUCGGCGGGUGCCCGGCUGCAGGGAUAGGAGACGCCCAGCUACAGGCCAUCUUGGAGGAGGUGCGCUACAUGGCGGACCGUUUCCGGGAGCAGGACGAGACGGAGAGCGUGGCCGACCAGUGGAAAUUUGCCGCGGCUGUGAUCGACCGCCUGUGCCUGGUGGCGUUCAGCGUCUUCAACAUCAUAUGCACCAUCUCCAUCCUCAUGUCAGCUCCAAACUUUGCGGACGCCAUUUCGAAAGACUUUAUUUAAAAAGGCAAAAAAGUUAAAAGAGGAGGAGAAGCGUGAAGAAAAGGAUGAAGGGAAUUAAAUAUAGGAUGAAGGAUCGCGUGGGCCCGGAUCCAGCGAAACCCAAUUUCCAGCCGACUGUAAGCUCUGUGAUUUGUGACUGCAAGGAAAAAAAAGAAGAAGGUUUUCUUUGCAAUACAUUCUGUUUUGUAACCGAUAUAAAAGAAGAAAAACUGAUGAGGAAGUGGGAUACAGAGUGAGCCUAAAUGAGGUUAUGCCUGGCAGGGUGCUUCAGCUUCUCAACAAAGGUGAAAUUGUUUCUUGUGGUAAAUUCAAAGACUUCAGCCACAAACAUGAGGAGAAAGAAAUAUUCAGUCCAAAGCAAGUAAUAAAGCUUCUAAACAGGGGGGAGAUGCAGACAGUAAGACGGGUAUUUCAUCAUUCUUCGGGGGGAAGGAAGACAUUUCGUCACUCCCACAUGUUGAGAACGGAUUCCAUCGUUUAAGAGCGUUGGAGACUCUUUCAUUAACAGUGUCGUAAGGAGGAUAGAAUGAAUUUUAUCGACAACAAAGAGCGAUGUUGAGCCUCGGUUUCGGAGGAGUAACCCGCUGGAUGCUCGGAUAUACAAAAUUGGACUGAAUAUCGGGAAGCAGAGAAGAACAGGAGAGGAUCUCAUCUAUUAUUAAAUCACGUUCAUCUGAUGACCGUCAAAUUGAAAGACCUUGAGUAAUCUUUAAGACUAAUAAGCUUUUAAAAGAUGAAGUUCCCCUCCUCCUCCUCCUCCUCGACGCAAACCACUUUAAAUUUCCAAAGCCUUAUCUCAUUCAGACGAUUAUCCAAUCGGCAACAAUCAGCAGAGAUCAAAAGCUUCUUCGCAGCGGGCAAAGUGUGCAGCGCUUAUCCCGCCCGGGAAACUGAAUGAAGCGGUCAUCCGCGGCGCAGUGACCAGUAACUAAUAACUGAAUCGCUCACCUAACUGCAUCUGGCAGGUCGUGAUGGACCAACAGAUCUCAUAUUAAAGGUUCAAUAUCUGAAAUGGGAGAUCCGGUCUUUAAACGUGAGAGGGAUAAGAACAAAUCCUCAAUUUUAUGAGGGAAGUAACACCCUGUCAGAUCCCGUCAGGAGGUUAUAGCUACGUAGGGACGUUCACACCAACCUAAAAUUAAAUGCGAGAUGUUAAUGGAGUCGUAUUUUUCAUAGAAUCGAGUGCAGUUGAUUGAAUGUUGUGAUUUAAAGGUUUUACAGAAUAUGUCUUUGACAAGAUUGGGUUUGAGAGGAUUUGAGUUGUCUGCUAGCAGUUUGAAUGUGUGCUGAAUGCAUAGUUAGCCAAGUCCAAUGUAUGGAUGAUGGUCUAACAGCUGUAUUCACAAUUGGCCAUUUUAAAAGCAUCAAACUUCCAAUGUUUAAGAGGAUUCGUUCCCUAAUCCAGAGAGAAAGGUCUGUGGCAUGUACAAAUUCUGCAAAAACAGUUCCAGUAAUACAAAGGCAACAAAAGAUGAAAUACUUAAUAAUGGAGGGAUUUUGGACAAGGCCCAAGAGUAGAAGGGAAUUAUGGGUCAUGAGUCAGGAGUGGAGCUAAAAAUGCACCUUUAACAGCUCUAUUCUUUAACAUAAAGCGUCGGUAAUGGGUCUCUCAAUGCCUCACUGAUUCCAAGAUAAGGUAAGAUGGACUUCAGUAUAAGUGUCUGUGUGGACGCCACAGAAAGGAAAUGUAGAAAUAUCAGGUGCAGGAUUUUACUGUAAAAACAAACGUAUUAGCAUUAAAAACUGGAUAAAAUGUGUUUUCUUGCACUUGAGAUACCUACAAAUUGUACAAAACUAUUACUAGAACUAGACCUAACCCCUCAAGAGUUACUCUAUAUUGUCAACAUACCCCAUGUUAUGUUACAUUGUCUGUGACGUGCAGCCUCGUGCCGAUUUGCUUCUGAUGUUUAAACUAAAGCCACAAGCGCAUAGUUUCACAUUAAGUUUCCUAAAAAAGCAGAGCACAGACAUUUUUGAGUGUUUGCCAAACAGGACAAAACGGGGAAUUGGCCACGGACUAUUUUCAGCUCCGGAUUAAUACGAAUUUGAUGUGGUGCUCUAGCUAAUGCUUGAAAGAGCCGAGCGGCGCGUGAAGGACUUGACUUGACUUCAGAUGAAAAGAGUAGACAAGUGGUCAAAGUUAUGAUGUGUUUUUCAUCGUUUUUGAAAACGAAUGUUUACUGGCCACUUGUAAGGAAUUCCAGACCUCGCUUGUCAGUUGUAGGAUAAAUGAGCGGCUCAGUUUUCAGGGGAUUUGACGACAGUAAUAAAAGCGCAGCCUCAUCCGGUGAGGAGUUCAAUCAAGUUUGCUUAUUAAGCGCAAAAGAUCCAACAGGACAAAAUAGGUUUAAUAAAUUCUUGACUUACACCGUCUCCGGGGGCUUGACACAUUUACUAUCCACAUGGCGUGAGACAGUUUUACAAAUACUUUAUCUCUGUACCGCUCCACGUCUUCUCUCCUCCUCUCUGAAGUCGAGUGUCCCAGCGGGCGGAGCGCAACUUCCUGCUGGAAGGUUUGUGGAAAGAUAUUUAUCCCUCCAGCGUACACCGACACCUCAACCCUGAACAUCUGUACAUUUCCCACCCUGAAAAUAAAGGAUUCUCCCUUUUUUCUACCA